AUGUCGCAGGCUUGGAGGUGGAUUGUGACCCAGACUCGGGAUUCGAAGCCCUUCUUCUUCACUUUCGCCACCGUCUGCGGUGUCGUUCCCGGUGUCAUCGGCUACUUCGUCAUGCAACUCACCAGCUCCGGGACUCCUGAGCUUGAAGCCAAGCUCCGUCAGAACGCUCGCCCCGACUCACUUAUGAUGGGAAGGGUAAAUAGAGAGAGGCUAGGGGAAUUCCUUGGUGAGUUGCAGAGGAAGGAGGAUACCAAUGACCGGUAUGUUGCGGCGUUGAAAGGGGAGACGUUGACCAGAAACCCCUAUGUGAGAAUUCAACCAGUUUCAAAGCCAGCCGAUGCAGAAGUGAGCAACCAAAAGGAAGUUAACAAGGUUCAAAAGUAG